ACUUAUCAGUAUGUUUGGUAAACAUUCCCGGAAACUAAGUUUUUCUAACAUUACGACUUGAGGCACCAUUGAAGAAACUGGCCAUGGCCUCUCGAACGAUGUUCUUGAUACAAUUGUAUUUAUUUUCUUUAAUUUUACAUUCGAGUUUUUGUGACUGGGCAUCUGAAUGGAUGGCACCUGUACGGGACCAUUUAACCAAUAAGUACAGCCCACCAAAUGGCCCCCAACCUAGAGGUGUCCCUGGUGUCAAUUACGAUGCAGGGAUUUUUGAUGAAGAAACUGAGCGAGUGACCAAUAUUUAUGAACCUGAAAGUCUGAAUAUGGAAGCGUCGCAGCCUAACUACGAUAUUUCUGCUGCCAGCUUGAAGUCGAAACUGGAGAAUUCGUUGCAAACUGCGAAACUGUUAACAGAGACGUUGAAGAUGCAAAUCAAUGCAUUGACUUUGAAAGAAGUUGAAUUGAAAGAGGCAAUCGCUAACGGCAGAUCAGGGGUGACGGCGUUGACAGUGUCGUCGAUGGGUCGUCUCCCGCGCACCUACCUCAUCAGGGACGGUUAUUGGACACGCUGCAACGGCAUGGUCCAGCCACCGCCCUCCGAUCAGACCAAGAGCUUCUUCAACGAAAUCAACAUUGCUCCAAGGUGCAUUGGACAAGAGGUAUCGUCGGGGCCUGACCCUUGCGUGUUCAACUCGAUCACGAAGUACGAGACAAUCCCGACGUACCGGCGGCUGGAGUACUACGAGGAGGACUACCUGUGCCUGAAGCCCACCUUCAACAGCAGCAUGGAGCAGUACCUCAGCGUGCCCAAGCAACUUGUCAACGAGACUUGUUCCAACGGUGUGAUAAGGACCCUCACAGAGAACUCGAUAGAGUGUGGUAUUCGGACUCUGGCAGACUAUACCUACUACCCUCAAAGGAGCUACACCUCUCUCCUACCCCUGGAGUACUGCACCGAAAAGGAUGGCUCCUGCAGGCUUAUCGUCGCGUGGCACAUCUCUAAUACAACCAUAGAGAAUUUCGAAUUCUUAAAAAAUCAACCGAAUUUCAAAAAAUAUUUCAUCAGAGCUAACUUUGUAGAGCAGGUUAUUUAAGGAAAAAUAUAUAUAUUUUUUUUAUUAAUUUCAUUAAUAAAAAGCUAAUUAAUAAUAUAAAUGUAUAUAACGGUAUCUUUUAAUAAAUAAAAAAUAUUUUGACAAUACUAUUAAUUAUAACUUUAUUAAAUUUUUAA